AUGGGUGGUCACGGUGGAUUGAACAUCCUCCCGCAGAAGAAGUGGAAUGUCUACAACUUCGAUAAUCGGGAGAAGGUCCGCCUCGACGAGGAAGCCGCCGCCAAGGAGGAACAGCUCAAGCGCGAGCAAUCUCGCCGCCGCGACACCGAGCUUCGCCUCGAGAAGCUCCGUCAGGCUCGUGGCCUACCCACCCAACAUCCACCCGAAUCCGACCAAAAACCCUCAAUCGAAACUGCGCCUCCGCCUGCUGCUGCUGUAUCUGUUGCCGAGCCCUUGAAUUCGUCGGCGUCUGAUUCAAUGCACAUUAAUUUGUUCGAAGGAAUCAGGAUUUUCGACCCGAUCAAGCCCGGCGACGAGAAGAGAAGUGAAAAGAGGAGCCGAUUUGCGAGGGAUGAUGACAAGAAUAAGAGGAUGAAGAAGGAGGAGGUUAGGGUUGUGGGGCCGGAGGAUGAGAAUCUUAAAUUUGGGUACGGAGUUGCUGGGAAAGGCGUGAAAUUGCCGUGGUAUAUGGCGAAGCGGGUCGCUGACGGGGACAGCGACGAUGAUGAUGAAGAACAGAGGCGUAAGGAGAAGAAGAGGAGCUCUGGUGGUGGUAAAAAGACAAUUGAGGAGUUGAGGGAGGAGAGGAUGAAUAGAGAGAGGAAGGAGAAGGAGAGAGAAAGGGCUUUGUUGAUGAUGAAGCAUAAGAAAGAUGGGGGUUUUUCUUCCCGGAGGAGAUGAGGUGACGCAACGCUGGGGUGUACUCACUGUUAUUUCACAAGAUGGCAGGUUGUGCAGCUAACGUUAUGUAUUCGUGGAACAAUUGAGACAGCGAGAAGUAUAACAAGUCAUUGUCAAGGGAGAAGUGCAAUUCAGUUAGGAAGCAGCCAGUGGAUAGAAGAAACUACAAAAUUCUUCAAUGACGAGUUGUGUGCUCGGGUUCUUGGUUCAAUCAGUUGGCCUCGUUCGAGCAAUUAGAGCCGGCAUGUACAACAUGAUAAUUUAUGGUUUGCAUAUCAUAGUCCCCACUCAAAACCAUUUCCCUUAGAACAUUGUUAUUUUCAGCCUAAGAACUCAAAAGAGAAAAUAACAAUGGUUUAAAAUGAGAUUGAGUACUCAAAACCAUUGUUAUUUUCCCAUCAUUCACCAAUAAUUAUCAUCUCUUCUACUUCAGGGAAAUGGUUUAAAGAUGAGCCUAAUAUUGGUGAAUAAAUUGAAAUGGAAAAAUUUAAAAUAAUUUUCAAAUAUGAAUGGAGUAUUAAAGUA